AUGCAGGAGAGCGCCGCCUCGAAAGCCCGGGCGCCUUCGGCCCUAAGGCCUACUGGCGCACGGUGGUUACCGCUCCGCUUCUCCACCUCCGCCUCUACCCCCAACACCUCUACCACCCCCAUCACCACCAUGGAAUCCGUCCCCGGCGACUCCGCGCGGAUCUACGAGCACCUCACGCCCGCGCUCUACGCGUCCGUCUCCGUGCGCGGCGUCGAGCAGUGCACGACGACGCUCGACAUGCUCUUCCGCCACCCGCACCGCGCGCGGCACGUCCGCCGGCUGCGCGUGAGCCCCGACCCGCCCGGCACCGCGCACGACCCCGCGCGCGCGCUGCGCGGGCGCAGGGCGCUCGGCGACGGCUACCGCGCCUCGGCGGCCGUGCGCAAGGCAGCGGUCGCGCUUGAGGUGCUGCACUCGUUCUGGUGGGACGGCGAGGAGCUGCCGCCGAACGACGACAUGUGGUUCGCGCUGCGCGUCUUCUGCACGCGACUUGCCUAUGUUGGGACGACGCUAGGCUCGGUGAUGCCCUCCGCGACGAGCCAUCUUUACGACUUUAGCGACCUCGAGGGGUUCUCCCUCACGUUCAAGAGCGGGUUCUACCUGCAGCAUUUCGCCAUGUCGCGAGGCGCGUGCCAGGACCCGAUCCCAGGCUACCACCGCCUAUGGGAGAUGCUGAUCAAGCGCUGCCCGCGCCUGCGCGAGCUCGUGCUCGACGGGAUCUCGCCCGAAAACCCAGUGGACGCGCACCGGCUGACGCGCGGGCGCUGGCCGCUGCUGCGCAAGCUCGUGCUGGGCGACAUCGUGCUCGACUGGCACAGCGCGGUGAACCCGGCCGCGAAGCGCCCGUUCAUCACCUUUUUGGAGGAGCACCGCGCGCUCGAGCAGCUGCACCUGCUCGGGUACCAGCCGAGCGUGUCCGCGCCGGACCUGCUCGCGGCCGUGCACCGCGGCGCGCUCGCGGGCGUCGCCGCGUUCAGCGGGACGCUCGACCAGGUGCAGGCGCUCCCGCAUCGCGCUGCGCUGCGCGCGCUGUGCGUGACGGACCCGAUAUUGCUGCGCGAGAGCACGCCGCUCGCGGUCGCGGGCGUGCUGCAGACGCUGCCCGCGCUCGCGUCGCUCACGAUCGCGUUCGUGCUCGAGCACGGGUACGACAACGGCGGGAUGCUGCGCACGCUCGUCGCCGCGUGCCCGCACCUGCAGCACCUCGACCUCACCUGCGCGCGCAAGCCCUCCUUCACCAUCGACGCAUUCUCGCGCACGAUCCGCCCGCUGUGCAAGCUGACCUCGCUCACGCUGCGCAUCAUCAAGUCCCCCGCCGAAGAGCCCCUCGCGCAGUGCGGCGCGACGCUCGCGCGCACGAACCCGCGCCUGCGCGCCUUCUCCGUGCAGUUCACCGCCGCCUCGGGCGCGCACGCCCUCGCCGCGCCCACCCCCGCGCGCUCCUCCAUGUUGGGCAUGUACGGCGCGGAGGCGAGCGCGGGGGUGGGCACGGAGGCGGGCACGGAGGCGGCGCUGGGCCCGGGCGUGCGCGAGGCGGCCGACUUUGAGCUCGCGACGGACCACCACGGGCUGCCGAUCGCGCUGCGCGUCUCCGAGCGGCGGCGGCGGCGCGGCGCGUGGGCGUGGGCGGGGCGAGCGGCGGGGCGCGGCGCGUGGGCGGUCGCGCGCUACGCGGUCGAGAUGCGGCCGACGGGGCACCCCGGGCGGGGCGGCGCGGGGCGCGCGGGGAUCGCGGGGAUCGCGGGGCUGCUGGUGGAGCGCAGCGCGGCGGGGGAGGAGGCGCGGUUGUUGUGUUCGAGCGUCGUGCUCGUUGCGCUCGCGAUGUGGAGCUGGGCCGCGUUUUGAGAGGCGGGCCGCGCGGCGGGCCCUCCGUCCCUCCGUCCCUCCCCUCCGUCCUUUUUUUUUCUUUUCCCACUUUUGUGGCGUUGUCGGAUAGACGGCGCGCGCGCGCGCGUGUGUGGAGUGUGUGUGGAUACGGUAUAGACUAAUUUGUGGGCGCGUCUGGCGUCUUGCUCGGCCCGUG